CGGGGACAGACCCCGCGGGGCAGCGGCCGGGCCCACACCGCCCUCAGGCCUGUGGUUACAGGGACCCCGCAGCCCCGGCAGCACAGCCCCGAGGGGUGCCCAGGCCAGGCCCCGUCGUGUGUCCAUCCCUGUCCCUCUGUCCCCGGUGGCCGUCAGCCACCUUGGCACCACCCUGCCCGCACGCAGGUCCCCACAGAAGGCAUCGAGGGCUUCCCCAGCUGCUGACAGCCCCGGAGAGCAAAUGUCUGCAGCAAUAAUUGAUGGCUGAGGUCGCCCUCGGCCUGUCGGGGCCGGCUCGUUUUUCCCUGCCCGGAGGUUUAAUUACCUCCGCUAAUGACAGUCGGGGACGGAGACUCCCCUCCGCCCGCUGCCGCUGCCCGGCACAAUGGCGGAUCCUGUUCCCCAUCAAUCAUUCAUGGCCCUGCUGCUGGAAGGGGUUUCUUGGGGGCUGCUCAACCGGGAAGCGGGGGGCGGGGGGGGCGAUUUUCCAACCUUCCCAGCGUUAAACUGGUUCUGGGGCAGGUCGGAGGCACCUGGGUCACCUGCUAUCCCCUCAGGGGACGAACGCUGCCGUGUCCCCCCCACCGGUGUCCCCAUGGGUGUCUUGAGCUGCAUGAAGUACCUGAUGUUCAUCUUCAACGUGCUGGUGUUUGCUGGGGGGACGUGCUUGGCGGGCGUGGGGGUCUGGGUGGCCGUGGACCCGGCUGGUUUCCAGGACAUCGUGGCUGCCAAGCCUGUGUUAAACGUGGGUGGCUACCUGCUGCUGGCCGUGGGCAUCGCACUCUCGCUGCUGGGCUUCCUGGGGUGCUGCGGGGCCCUGCGCCGGAGCCGCCCACUGCUGCUGGUGUUCUUCAUCCUCGUGAGCCUUGUCUUCAUCACACAGCUCGUUGGGGCUGUUCUCUUCCUGGUGCACUGGAAACAGAUCAAGCCGGAGAUCUUCCUGUCCGAGCUGCGGAGGAACUACUGCGGGGAUGAGGGUGCUGAGGUCUUCUCCACCGCCUGGAACACCCUCAUGGUCACGUUCUCGUGUUGUGGCGUUUUAGGACCCGAAGAUUUUGGGAAUGGCUCCCGCUUCCAGGAGCUGCACCCGGGGAUGCCCUGGCCGCAGGCGUGUUGCGCCCGCAACGGGCUCCUGCAGGUGGGCGAGCUGCUGGGCUGGGAGCAGUGCCAGGAGAGGAGCCCUGGCUACAUCCACGAGCAGGGCUGCUUCUCCACCUUCGGCAGGACCUUGCAGAAGUACAUCUCUGUCCCUGGGACUUGCAGCUUGGCCGUGCUGGGCAUUGAGAUCUUCGCCAUGUUUUUCGCCUCUUGCCUUUAUUACAACUUCGACUGAGCGGGACGAAGCAUGGCAGAGACAAGCACGAGGGCUUUGGAAACAGCAGCAGGCAAGGAGAUGCCAUUUCCUCACGUGUCAGAGCACAGCUCUGCGAUUCCUUCCCCAGGCAGGCAGAUUUACUGAGCCCUGUCUCUGCUCCAGCAAGCGCCUAAGGAUGGGCCUGGCUCGAUUUUCUUGGAGCAGGGAUGGGACAGAGGUUAAACUCCUUGCAGGGGACACUGCAGAGUGGGGAGCUGAGCACCAAACCCGCUCCCACUGCGAUCCGCCCUUCAUCAUUACAAAAUCCAGCAGCUCUGGUGACAGGGAGCCCUGACCCCAUGCACCUCCUGAUCUGCUGCCCCACCAAAAAUUGUCCCUCUUCCUCCUAAUCCUUUUGCAGGCUUCUCAUCCUCCCUUCCCCAGCCUCCAGGCAUCCUCCGGGCUCUUCCUCAUCCCUCUCAGCUGGUAUUUUUCACCCGCCACCUCCUGGAGCCACAGCCCAGGUCACAAUAAAUGGGCUGAGCUGCAGCUGGAAUCCAACAGGCUGCUCCAGAGCUGGAGAUUUAAAUCUUGGGAGUUUUAAGGACGUAUCCUUUAGCAGAGAGGGGUUUCCACAAGCUAGUUCUAACGUGGCUGUUGCUCAGGUUCUGCUCUCAGUUUGUUCUGAGGCGGGGACAGUAAAAUAGAAACUGAAAUACUGUUCCCACCUCCUAGAGAGCUGGAAAUCGGAAGUUGAAUCAGUACUUCCAGUUUUCCUUUUCUUCAGAAUAUUCAAAAAAACCCCCAUGCAACAAACCAGAAAAAUAUUUAUAAAUUAAAGCUUUAUAUUU